AUGUACCAAGGUUUCCCCGGUGACUACGACUCGGGUUCCCGCUGCAGUUCCUCUCCCUCCGCCGAAUCCCAGUACCUCUCCUCGGUCGAUUCCUUCGGGAGCCCGGCGGCGGCGGCGGCUCCACAGGAGUGCAGCGGCCUGGGGGACAUGCCCGGCUCCUUCGUGCCCACGGUGACGGCCAUCACCACCAGCCAGGACCUGCAGUGGCUGGUGCAGCCCACCCUCAUCUCCUCAGUAGCCCAGUCGCAGCCCCCAGGGGCACCCAUGGCGCACCCCCCUCCCGUCGAUCCCUAUGACCUCCCAGGACCCAGCUACUCUACGCCGGGCAUGGGUGCCUUUGCCACAGGGCCGGCAGCACCGCCGGCACGUCCUGCUCGUGCCCGUCCCCGGCGCAGCCGCGAGGAGACGCUGACGCCAGAGGAGGAGGAGAAGCGCCGGGUGCGGCGGGAGAGGAACAAGUUGGCAGCAGCCAAGUGCCGUAACCGGCGCCGGGAGCUGACGGAUCGGCUGCAGGCGGAAACGGACCAGUUGGAGGAGGAGAAAGCCGAGCUGGAGUCGGAGAUCGCGGAGCUGCAGAAGGAGAAGGAACGGCUGGAGUUCGUCCUGGUGGCCCAUGCCCCUGCCUGCAAGCUCCCCUUCGAGGAUGUCGGCUCCUUGGGUGCCGGCCCCGCCGAGAGGGAACCACCUGCGGAGCCUCGCAUCAGCGGAGCAGCAGCAGCGACCAGUCCUCGGACUCCUUGA